AUGCGCCUGCUAGUCGUCUGUGCUUGCGUCCUCCGCAGCGCAAGCACAAGCCUCGUUGCGCCCAUCCACAAGUAUAUAACAGUAACCUCCCGCCCCCUCCCGCUCCCACUCAACACCCCCAGGAACUUAAUGGGCUCAUCCUUCAGCCCUUCCGCCACCAACAAGACCACCAACAAAAUGUCCACAAACACUAACCCACCGGUCCAAAAGUCCUACGAUGAAUGCUGUGCGAUCCUCUACCCUUGUACACUGCUCCCCCGCCGAUUAACGUUCCCUAGAGCAAUUCCGCAUCCUCCGUGGAUGUGGCACUGAACCCCCCAACAGUCAGACAUGCAACCACCACACGUCCCCAGGAGGCUACACUUGCGCGGGCUGCAGCGCACCGUUGUACAAGAGCACCAGCAAGUUCAACGGCAGGUACGGGUGGCCGGCCCUCUUUUAGCGCACGUCGGGUGCCAUCGGUCGGCGCGAGCAUGGGAGCUUUGGCACGCACAGGACGGAGAUCAUCUGUACCAAUUGUGGCCCCCAUUUAGGGCAUGUGUUUGAAGGGGAGGGCUUUAGCAGCGCGGCAGGUGAGAGGGAUCGUAGUAACAUUGUGUACCCGAUCUUUAAACGCGACUGAGAAAAGGUGUGGGGCAGUGGCAAAAAUCCGUGGUCACCAAGUGGAUGGCUUUUGAUGUCUGGAAGAGGGUUGUGAACUUUAGUUUUUUUUGUUUACUGGUAUGCCAGUUCAGAGUGGGUGUGGGUUUGGUAAUUGUUUGGAGUACAUUCGUCGAAAGGGCUAUUCUGUAAUA